AUGGAGGUACAUGCGUGGAACAUGAAAAACGGAACGCUUUCGCUAUCUCCUGAACAGCAGCAGCAGGAUCACCUGUGCUGGUUCACGAAAGAUCGAGUACCGGUGUCACACUCGGACCGCCGACCUCGAAUGCUGUCCUUAGCUGCCACAAUUUUGGUCGGACCUGACUCCGUAGCAGGAGGGGGGAUACAGGGGCUUCUAGUGUUCGCCACUUCCAGCGGAUUGCUUGAUCCAGUCGGUGUGGCAAUCUCCGUGCGCUCCGUGGACUCGGACUCGGCAAUGCCGUUAUCGGAGCCGAGGUUGUCGAGGAAUGCCAGGGCUGUCAGAGCUCAGGGCUUCGUGACCCCAGCUAUAAUGCUCUACCUGCCGCUGCUCGCCAUAUGCGCUACGGCAGCCCAGGCCCGCUCACAGGAGAUCCGGUAUACCCAGCACAAUAUCCACUUCUCCUCCCUCUCUCCGCUGUUUCGAUACACCCCCGCAGAGUCCUGGUCGGCCUCACGCUCAGGCGUGACAUCCGCCACCCCGGGCGCGAAUGUCAGCUUUGACGUCUUUGGCGAGAUAGUCUACUUAUGGGGCAACCAGUCUGGGACUGCACUUGAAAUCACCCCGGACAUCCCUGCCAUCUCCCCUCAUGCCAGCUAUCCGAACUACCACUACGGGAAUUCGGCCUCCAACGUCGUUCCGGCCUUAUUUGACUAUUCGCUUGGUGGCACAGGUGUUCUUCUAGAGUCGAGGCAGGUCUCGCUACAGGUGGCGGCGAACAAUGGGACGGAGGUCACCAAGGGGGCGUAUGUGCGGGUCAGGGAGGUUCAGGUGAUGGCUGUCGUGCCGACUGAUAUGAGCCCGGACGAUCCAUAUCCCGCGGACAAUGCUCAAGUCUACCCUGCGGUCACCUCGCAUUCCGCCCGAAAUCCCUUCUACGCCGACCUGCACCACGCUUGGAACAUUACCACCCUAACCUCUCCUUGGUCCACCUACACAUCCGUCCCUCGGUCCGGUAGCGGAUGGGAGUACGAUCUUACUCCUGAUACCUGGCCACUCAACGCCGUGCUAUCCACUGACGUUGUCGGUGCCCCCCUCCACAUCUCCAUGCCCCGCAAUACCACCAUUCUGCAACUAUACGGGAGCGUCGGUCCCCACAUGGGCAUCUUCGAGCUCCGGCUGGUCCAUCGGCCAAAGGACGGAAUGGUACCAGUCGACGUUGCCAAUCAGGGCUUGGUAUUACGUGUCGACGCUGAGCGGGCAGUAGAGACCAGUAGCGAGCUACUCGCCAUCGCCUGGCUGGAUCCUCGGUUCCACUACGAUGCGGAAAUGUCGCUUGUCGAUGACCGACCGGGCAAGCUGGCGCAGAUCCACGGCAUGGGGUUCAAGACAUACAUGAGGGAUCCUUCCUUGCUGCCGCCUGAUUGGCGCGAGGAGUACAAUGCGAGGUCUGCACGCGGGGCUGAAGGGUUCAGCGCGAGGACGAUCCUCGUGGCCUCUGUACUAGUAAUAGCACUUGUCGCUCUGGCGAUAGUGAUCUAUGGUAUCCGGCGGUGGCGAUCCAGGCAAGAGAAUCCUGAACGAGCUGCGCUUCUAGCGAGUGAAAGGGACAAUGGAGCAUAG